UACGUUGCGAGCGAAUGUAACAAGUUCAGGGAAACAUAUGUUGUAAAGGCAAUUUGUUACGUCUUUUCUCUGGGACGCGUGUUUAGAGUAAAACGCAAAAAUGCUCGAUUUAUUUACUAUCUUCAGUAAAAGUGGAAUUGUUUUGUGGUGCUUCCAAGGCACAUCACAAAUUUUUACUUCUCCCGUCAAUGCACUCAUUCGCUCCGUAAUUUUACAGGAAAGAGGUGUGAAUGAAAAUUUCACUUAUGAAGGUCUCACCCUCAAGUACAAGUUGGAUAAUGAAUUUGAGCUUGUCUUUGUUGUUGCUUAUCAAAAGAUUUUACAACUAUCAUAUGUGGAUAAAUUCUUGGAUGAUGUUCAUUUGGAAUUUAGGGAUAAAUAUAGAAAAAAUUUGAAUGUCAGUGACUUCUUUGGAAAUUAUGAUUUUACUCAUGAGUUUCAUAAGAUAUUGAGGAAAUGUGAAGAUUAUGGUCGCAAAAUAGCUGAGCAGCCAAGAAAAAUGAGAACUUUUGAUGAAUCGCUGAAAUCUAAGAAAACUGUUGCAUCAAUGAUCGAGAACAAAAAUGAACCUAAAACAAAAGAAAAAGAAGCUGCUAAGAAUACAAGCCCCAAAAAUGAUGUUAACAAAUUGCCUUUAUCCAGUAAACCAGUAAUUAGUGAAGAAAAUGGCAUUGAUGAAAAUGACAGUGUUGUGAAGUUGCGUUCUAAAUUCCAACAAAAGCAAUCAAAAGGGAAGAAAGCUGAAUCAAAGAAGAGCCCUGCUCCGAAAGAUAAAUCUAAGAAACCUCGUAUUUGGGAUAUGGCUGGAUCAGCCAGAGAAGCUUCUGUUCUUGAUUUCAGUAAGAAAGGUGAAGAUGGUUCUAUGACUAAUGGAUUUGAACCAUCAGAAGAAGCCUUCUGUGAUAGAAUGGAAGUGGGUAAAUAUAAAGGUCCUUUGAGACAUGUUGAAACAGAAAGUGAAUCGGAAGAAGAAUCUGACGAAGAAGAAGAAGAAGUGUCAACAAAGAAGAAGGGGCAAACAAAAGGAUAUGGUAUGUUUAAUAUGUUCAAAGGUUUAGUUGGACAAAAGAAUGUAACUCGUGAAAGCAUGCAACCUAUUUUGGAUAAGCUGAAAGAUCACAUGAUAGCUAAAAAUGUAGCUGCAGAUAUUGCUGAUAAACUUUGUGAAUCUGUUGCUACCAAAUUAGAAGGAAAAGUUUUGGGAACUUUCACUGGCAUUACUUCCACUGUUAAACAAACUUUGAUUGAUGCUCUUGUGCAACUUCUAUCUCCCAAGCGCCGCAUUGAUAUUCUACGAGAUGCUAUGGAAGCAAAGAAAUCGGGCAGACCAUAUACUAUUGCAUUUUGUGGUGUAAAUGGAGUAGGCAAAUCUACUAAUUUGGCUAAGAUAGCUUUUUGGCUGAUUGAAAACGACUUGCGUGUCCUGAUUGCUGCCUGUGAUACUUUCCGAGCAGGUGCUGUGGAGCAGCUCCGCACCCACACCCGUCACUUGAAUGCCCUUCACCCACCUGAGGCUCACAAUGGCCUACAAAUGGUGCAGCUCUAUGAAAAAGGAUAUGGUAAAGAUGCUGCUGGAAUCGCUAUGGAAGCUAUCAAUUUUGCCAGAGAUAUGAAAAUUGAUGUGGUUUUAAUUGAUACUGCAGGAAGAAUGCAAGAUAAUGAGCCAUUGAUGAGAGCCUUAGCCAAAUUGAUCAAAGUAAACAGUCCUGACCUGGUUGCAUUUGUUGGAGAAGCUCUUGUAGGUAAUGAAGCUGUUGAUCAGUUGGUAAAAUUCAAUCGAGCUCUUGCUGACCACUCUAGCCGAGAUAACCCCCAACUCAUAGAUGGAAUUGUUCUCACUAAAUUUGAUACCAUUGAUGAUAAAGUUGGAGCUGCCAUAUCAAUGACCUACAUUACUGGUCAGCCUAUUAUCUUUGUUGGAACUGGACAGACAUAUACUGACCUUAAGAGCCUUAAUCCUAAAGCUGUUGUUCAUGCCCUCAUGAAAUAAGAGAUUUUAUAUAAAUUAAUAAUCAAAGUUUUAACUAUCUAUGCAUGCCUCAAUGUUAGAGUUGUUCUCAAGCCUUAAUAAUUAAAACAAUAAUACUCAUUAUGCAAUUUUAAAAUUUAUAAUUUCAGAGAAUAUUUUUAGUGGAUAUAAACUUAUCUAUGCUCAUAGAAAGACUGAACUAAAGAUGCAUGUGCAUGAAAUAUUAGUCAUGAUUUUUUUGUUAUGUUUUUAUAUUUUAUUUUGCACUUUUUUAAAUUUUCAUUUCAGUGUGUGUUUAAGGAGGGAUUUGUGUCUUACACCACCUAUUUUUUUGUACUUUGUAUUUUUGAUUUUUUAAAAAAAAAUAAUCCCCAUGAUUCAAAGAUUUUAAGUUUGCAUUUGAUUGUUCUGUUUUGUUCGAGAAUUUUUUGACCUGCUAUAAGUUUUAAAAAAGCAGGUAAUAGUGGAAUUUUAAAAGAGAAUAUUUAGAAACAAGGUACAAAAUUGUGGUUUUUGGUUUUGUGAAAUAAUAGUAGAAAAUCCAACUUUUUCUUCCAUUAAAAAGGUUGUAUUUAUCUUUCAAUGUAUGAAAUAGCAUGAAGAAAUAUUUGUUAUCAUGAGCAUUCCACUUUAUAUUUUACCUUGUUUUAUUUUCAUGGGAAUGAUAUGCCUUGUUUGUGUAUAUUUACUGUACCAAUACCAUUGUAAUAUGCAAAUAUUUAUCAAAUUAAAAGAGAAUUAUUGUUUUGGAAAGUUAUAUAUUUUGGGGACUUAAUAAAAGCUACUUAUAUAAAA